AUGCGAAUCAGCAACAACGUGGGAAAAUUGACAAGCUGGAUGAAUUUUUUGAUUUGGAAAAGUAAUAGGUGAGUUAGCUUAACUAUUUUGCUUUGAGGUACCUUAAGUGGGAAUUUAACAGCCUUGAAUGACCUUAUGAAUUCUCUGAUUUUACAAUUAGAAUGAAAUUUGUCUUUUUCAGAAUCAACAAAACGCUAGAAAAGAAUGCCGAAGUGAUUGACAACUAUACAAAGGGAUUUUGGAAAAUGCCAUGGAGACAUGGAGUUUCUGUGGUUAGUUUUGAAGCCCCAGAAAACAGGAUCAUAGGGAUUUUUUUCAGGGCAUGUUGGCUUUGAGGAUACGUGAUUGCCCCAAGUUUGGGUAAUUAACAAGAAUCCGGGUGGAUCCCGGGAGAUAGACAAUUGGGGAUUUUAAAGUCAGGUAAGAUAUCAAUUUUGAAAUUAAUUUUCACCAUGAAUAUUUAUUUUUUCAGAUCUCGAACAUGGAUUACAAGUUGACUUCAAAAAUACAAGCUGGUCCUCGAACCUGGGUAAUUGAAAAAUUUUCUGAAUUAUCCUGAAUUUUUUUUUCAAAUCUCUAUUGUUUUCCCUAUUUUUUGCAUCUAUCCCUAAAUUAUCUUACAAUUUGAAUUUGAAUUUUUUGUUUUUCAUAAGUCAUUUUGAAAAAUGUUUCAAUAAAGCUAUUUUUCAUCAAAUCUUUGCUCGAUUUCAUAUUUUUUUCAAUUUUUCAGUUUAAGCUUUUGCUUUUUCAUCAAAAACAUUUAUUGUUGAUGAAAAAUUAGUAGCGGACAAAUAGCGGGAAAAUUUUAGAAGCUUCAGAAGCUUUCAGAAGAUUUUCCAAACUUCCGGAGACUUGUGGAAGCUUCAGAAGCUUUUAGAAGAAUUUUGAGGGGUUUCAGAAGGCUUUUGAACAACUCAAAACGCUUUUUGAGGCUUCAGAAGGCUAUUUUUAACCAACACUGAUUGUGAGGGGUGAAUGAAAUUCCUGUAAGUUUCCCUGUAAACUCAUUUAUUCAUUCAUCAAACACAAAAAAACUAUAUUGGUGGCCCUAAAGAGGGCCGUUGGGUUUGUUUGGUUUUGGCCCUUAAGAGGGCCGUUGGAUAUUUCAACACGUUGGCUGGUUUUGUAGAUUCUGAAAUAUAUAUUUAUAUUUUUCUUUAAAAAAAUUUUGAAUUCAGAGCAAACCUUCGUUACAUGUAUGAUUUGAACAUAUGAAUCACUUCUGUAGCAGAUUGUUUUCUGAUAAUAACUCUUUCCAAAAUGCUGAACACAAAUUACAAAUCUCAUACACGUUUUUGAGUGUUUCUCCCAAUGUUUUUGACAGAUUUUGAUCUUGCUUGUAUUCCCAUACAAGUUGAAUGUCAUCGUCCUCAUUUGGAUUAUGAUUUAUCAAAUCAAAUUUGGCAUCAAAUUUAA